UUCCCCGGCGCUCAAACUGACGUGUCAAUUUUUAUUGUUCCGAAAUCUAACUGCAACUGAAAAUAAAAUUAGCUAAAUGUUAGCUAGACGAUCGCUUUUCCUUGUUGAUCGGCCCACUAUUUUCGCGGCCCAUAACCCAGUAGUGACCAGGAGGAAAUCGAUUUGGAGUCGGAUUAGAAAGUCUAAUACCCGAAAUACCCUCAGGACCAGAAACUCGAUUUUGAGUCGGACCACGAGCCCGCGCGGAGCCAGCCUGUGUUUUUGCCGCAUAUAAAGACAACCCCAGAGCAAAUGGCCGAAUCCCCAAUCCAGCAACGGCCUCUAAUUCCCAUUUCAAUCUAGUAACAAGCACCGCGCGGUCCAUCCAUCCAUCCAUCCAUGGCGCAGCCGCCGCAACCCACCACGACCCACGUCCCGGCGCUGCGCAGGUCGCCGCUGUACAUGGCGGAGUUGCCCGCCGGCUUCGUCUUCCGGCCCAAGGGCCGCUGCCUCGUCGACCGCUACCUCGUCCCCAGGGCGAUCCAAGGCCGCGUCCCCGACGACGCCAUCCAGGAUGCCGUCGCCGACGGCGUCGACGUCUACGCCGCGCGCCCGGACGCGCUGCCCUUCCCGGGCUGCCACCGCGGCCAGUACAACGGCAACUUCGAGAACUGGGGAUACUUCUUCGCGACGCGGCCCGCGGCGGCGGGGGCGGGUGGCAACGACGACGACGUCCGGGACGUGGCGGCGGGCGGGUGCUGGUGCCGGUACGGCCACGAGAAGGAGUACGCCGGCGACGACGGGGAGGUGUACGCGUUCCGGACCAGGCACGCGUUCUACGAGGCGGCGGACGGCGGCAAGCUGAUGCCCUGGCGGGCGAAGGAGUUCCGCCUCAACGAGGGCGCAGCCCGCUUCCGCGGCGUCACGUUCCACCCCAGCGCCAAAGACCUGGUCGUGUGGAAGGUCUACUACGAGGUGGAGGUCCCCGAGGAGGAGCUGGCAGAGGAGUACUUCGACAGCGACGACGACGACGACUUCGAGAAUAAAGCGAAGAGGAUCAGGGUGGGAGAUGUGAUCGCCGCCCCCGCUGCCCAGGCUGCAUGAUCGUGUGGACGCCUUCGUAGCGCAGGAUCCGAGGAGGAGCGGUUGCGGAACUUGCGGUUCAGAUUGGAGUAGCAGAUGCAGAGUAACCGCUUAAACAUUGUGCAUGAUGCUUUAGUUUUGUAGUCGGUUCGUUUUUCCUGGAUGAGUUGCCGUUUUGAUAAAAGAAGGAAAAUGGAUAAUCCGUGUCUUAGGUUUCGAGAAAGCAAUGUAAUUUUGCUUCUGAAAUUUCAUAUUACGUAUUCUAAACUUACUUCAGGUUCCAUCCAAAUUGCUAAUUGAU